AUGAUGAAGGCUGUUAUUAUUACCCUUUUCGCCUGUUUGGCCGCCGUCUCAGCCAUUGGCUUUGGAGGAUAUGGAUACGGAGGAAUGAUGGGAUACGGAGGAAUGAUGGGAUACGGUGGCGGGGGAUAUGGAUACGGUGGCGGGGGAUACGGAGGAAUUGGAAUGGGAUACGGUGGCGGAGGAUAUGGAUACGGAGGAAUUGGAAUCGGAUACGGUGGCAUGGGAUAUGGAGGAAUGGGAAUGGGAUACGGUGGCAUGAGAUAUGGAUAUGGAGGACGCGGAAUGUACGGCUACGGAAAAUGGAAAGAUCACCGUAAAACAAAUUAG